AUGAACACCAUCGUCUUCAACAAGCUCAGCGGCGCCGUGCUUUUUGAGGACCGCGGGGCUCCGGAGCGGGAGCGGGGCGGCCGGCCCUACGGCGGCGUCCUGGACAGUCCCCAUGCUCGCCCCGAGGUGGGCAUUACGGAGGGCCCGCCCCUCAAGGACAACCUGGGCCUGAGACACCGGAGGACCGGGGCCCGGCAGAACGGCGGGAAGGUGAGGCACAAGCGGCAGGCCCUGCAAGACAUGGCGCGGCCCCUCAAGCAGUGGCUGUACAAGCACCGCGACAAUCCCUACCCCACCAAGACGGAGAAGAUUCUCCUGGCGCUCGGCUCGCAGAUGACGCUGGUGCAGGUGUCAAAUUGGUUUGCUAAUGCAAGACGUCGGCUUAAGAAUACUGUUCGACAGCCGGAUUUGAGCUGGGCCUUAAGAAUAAAGCUGUACAACAAAUACGUCCAAGGGAACGCUGAGCGGCUGAGUGUGAGCAGUGAUGACUCGUGUUCUGAAGAUGGAGAAAACCCCCCACGAAACCACAUGAAUGAAGGAGGCUAUAGUGGUCCAGUUCACCAUCCUGUGAUUAAAAGCGAGAGCUCAGUCGUAAAAGCUGGAGUGAGGCCAGAGUCUCGGGCCAACGAGGACUACGUCUCGCCCCCCAAAUACAAGAGCAGCUUGCUGAAUCGUUACCUUAACGACUCUUUGAGACACGUCAUGGUCACGAACGCUGCCAUGAUGGGAAAGACAAGGCAAAGAAACCACUCGGGAUCUUUUAGUUCCAAUGAAUUUGAGGACGAACUGGUAUCCCCCUCGUCGUCAGAAACCGAGGGCAACUUCGUCUAUCGCACAGACACUCUGGAAAAUGGAUCCAGUAAGGGUGACAGUGCAGCUAAUAGAAAGGCGCCGAGCAAGGACGACACAUACUGGAAGGAGAUUAAUGCAGCCAUGGCCUUAACAAACCUGGCGCAGGGACAAGACAAGCUGCAGGGGACCGCCAGCUGCAUCAUCCAGAAGUCGUCCCACAUUGCAGAGGUGAAGACAGUCAAGGUGCCCCUGGUUCAGCAGUUUUAA